GAUUUUCACAGCUCAACCAAUACUGUCCUUGGGUCUGGCGUGUGCACGUGCUUAUCCUUGGCUGUGUGUGCUCCGAUCCAUGGUCCAUGCCCUGUGCAACCUGGCCGCCAGACCGCCUCCACUUCCUCCAAGCGCCGGCCGGCGGACUUCCGCCGGAUUUGGAUCCUUCAACUUCUGGCAUAGGUAAAGCAAUCUUUGUGAGGAAUAAUUGUGAGAGCACUCACCAAACUUGGAGCUUCUGAUGGCGGAUCCAGAGGACAGUGAGACGCAAGAGUUCACAGUGAUGAAUGAACAAGACUUAGAAGAGUACAAGAUAAAGCAGCUGGGCGACCGGAACGACCUCCGCGGCACGCUGAGGAUCUUCGGUCUCGAGAACGUUGGAAGCAAGGAGGAAGCUCUGGAAGCCAAUCUAGCUGCCAAGGAGCGGCUCACGGUCCUAGAACUGUGCUGGGAGCGUGAUAGCCGCAGGCCAAACGCCGAAGCAGAGGCGCAGGUCAUCGAGGGCCUCUGUCCUCCGGUUCAGCUUCAACACCUGGAGAUCUGGGACUUCCAUGGCUCCAGUUACCCAAGUUGGAUCGUGGGGGCGCAGAGCGGCGGCCCGACGGAGCUCAGGAGGCUUUUCUUCUGGCGAUGCAGCCAGCUUGGACCCGCUCCGAAGCUUGAGAAUUUCCUUCAUCUCCAGCUCCUCUGGCUUGACGACUGCAGCUGGGACGCCUUGCCGGAUAACAUGGAACGCCUCUCCUCGCUCAAGAAGCUGUUCAUCAUUGCCUGCUUGAACAUUCGGUGGCUUCCGGCGCUGCCCCCGUCUCUCGAGGAGUUGAAUGUCGUGUCCUGCGACGCGGCGUUCACCAGGUCUUGCCAGACAACCGGGCAUCCGAACUGGCAAAAGAUUGAGCACAUUCCUAAGAAAAUGAUUUCAUGCUAGCAGUCAAGACGCUCUCAGGAUGACACAAAGGUACAGCUCUAGCUCUAGCUGGUGUGUUGUGCUCACCCUACGUAUACGUACACAGAGGAUGCAGCACAUGAGCACUGAACUUAUUUGUUUCAUAUGGUCUGUAAUAUAGUGGAAUCAUGAAUGUCUUUGCGCUAGCUCUUCUUCUGGAAAUGCGUGCUCAUGGGUGCCCAAUGGGAUGCACGGGCUGGCGUAGUGGUGCGCGCGCAGGGUUUCUCAUUCUUGUAACAAGGAAGUCUUCGUAUGAACUACCUUUCUAUCGAAACAGUUGUUACUGUCGAUUUUUUACCA